CCCAACCUGAAACUCUAACUGAUGAAUCAGGUAUCAAAACCACAACCCAAAAGAUUGCCACACGGGUCAAAAGCAGUAGAAGAAGGAAAACAAUGACUACCAAACCUUACCUUAGAACAAAAGAACGUACAAAAAUUACUGAUCUUGCAAAAGAUGCAUUAAGACAAAAGCAAAAUAAUGAUACUCCUGAUUCAUCUGCACCUUAA